CUUAUAGAAAAAUGGGUUUGCUCGAAAGCAAUCUCGCUCGAAAAUGGGAACUGAUUUCUGAAAGAACUUCGUUUUCCCAAGGGAUUCAGGCUCUAGCCGAUUGAGCCAUGGCUUCCACACUAUCAACUGUAGAAUCGAUUGAUUUGGACGUUUCUCAGUUCUGCCAUACGCCUUUUUACUGUGAGGAGAAUGUAUAUUUUCUAUGCAAGAAAUUAUGUACAAACAGAAUGGAUGAUGCAACGGGAGCUGAUCUUUUUGUUGUUUUCAUUUCUAAUGAGAAGAAGCAGUAUUUGCUCUGGAACAAGAUUACUCUUAAGCCCGGUAUUGAUCAUUUUGUUCAGAUUCCCCUUUGGCAUCAAAAAGCCAGCAAAAGAGAAGAUGGUCUUGUUUUGUGGGAUUACCAUGUGAUUUGCGUUCAGAGAAAAACAGAAGGUGAAUUUCCUUUUAUAGUGUGGGAUUUAGACUCCACUCUUCCUUUACCUAUCCCUCUGGGCAGCUACGUGUCGCAAGCUAUCAGGCCAUCGUUUCAAAUCUCCCCCGAGUAUCAAAGGCUUUUCAGAAUCAUCCAUGCUCCAAUAUUUUUUCGUCACUUCGCAUCUGAUAGAAGGCACAUGAAAGAUUCCCAUGGAAAUUGGAUUGCUAAACCCCCUGACUAUGAAGCCAUUGUUGCUGAAGAUGGAACUAUUCACAACCUGUAUGAGUACAUGGAGAUCAAGGCGGCCGAUGUAUAUACGAACAACAUCGAUGUGAAAGAUGCAGUUUUUUCUCAAAAACUUGGAGCGGCCGCAAAUGAUCUGGAGGAGUUUUUCUCUCAAAUUCUUUAAACAAGAAUGAGAAAGAUCUGGGAAAAACGUUCUAGCCCGGAUUUUUAAGAUGAUCUUCUCUAGGAUGACUGAAAGAGUUGGAAGCUCUCUCAAUGGUUAAAGCUCAUGCCAGACAGUAACUUUUUUUCUAGGGAAAUUUGCACACGUAGUUCUGGCCAAGGUUAGUAGGGAUAGAAAUCGAAAAAGAAGAAAAACUUACAUGUUUAUAGAACUCACCAUUAAUUUUUACGAACCAACUUAUGAAUAUAAACAAAUUUAGGCUUUAUAAUUAAUUUAUUCACACAUAGAAAGUCGUACUCAUUCAAGUCUAAUAUUACGUAAUUUAUUUUAGACGCAUUCUAUUGAACAUGAUAUUCUAUGAUAUGCUUAUA